GGAACGAUGGGGACUUCCCAGCGGGCCUUCCUCGUCCUAGGCUAUCUCUUCACAGGGCCCGGCCUGAUACUCUGCCAGCUCUCCUUGCCCACCAUCCUCCCGAAUGAAAAUGAGAAGGUUGUGCAGCUGAAUUCAUCCUUUUCUCUGACCUGUUCUGGGGAGAGCGAAGUGAGCUGGCAGUACCCUGAGUCUGAAGAUGACAACGUCGAAAUCCGAACUGAGGAGAACAACAGUGGCCUUUUGGUGAAAGUCCUGGAAGUGACUGGGGCCUCAGCAGCCCAGACGGGAUGGUACAUUUGCUAUUACAACCACACUCAGAAGGAAGACAGCGACAUUGAAGGCAGGCGCAUUUAUAUCUACGUGCCAGACCCUGAUGUACCCUUUGUUCCUCUGGGAAUGACAGAUAGCUUAGUCAUCGCAGAAGAGGAUGAUUCUGCCAUCAUUCCCUGCCGCACAACCGACCCCAACACGCCUGUCACCUUGCGCAGUGGCAGCAUGGUGGUUCCGGCCACCUAUGACAGCAAAUAUGGCUUUAAUGUCUCUUACACCUUGGGGCCCUAUGUCUGUGAAGCUACCAUCAUGGGGAAGACAUUUCAGACCAUUCCUGUUAAUGUGUAUGCUUUAAAAGCAACAUCAGACCUUGACCUGGAAAUGGAAGCUAUUAAGACCGUGUAUAAGGCGGGGGAGACCAUUGUGGUCACGUGUGCAGUCUUUAACAAUGAGGUGGUCGACCUGCAGUGGACUUACCCAGGAGAAAUGAAAGGCAAAGGCAUCACAAUGCUCGAAGAAAUCAAAGUUCCAUUCAUCAAACUAGUGUACACCUUGACAGUCCCUGAGGCCACAGUGAAAGACAGUGGAGAUUACAAAUGUGCCGCCCGUCACGCCACCAGGGAGGUCAAGGAGAUGAAGAAAGUCACCAUUUCUGUCCAUGAGAAAGGGUUCAUUGAAAUCGAACCCAACUUCAGCCAGUUGGAAGCUGUCAACCUGCAUGAAGUCAAGCAUUUUGUGGUGAACAUCCAGGCCUACCCGCCACCUAGGAUUUUCUGGCUGAAGGACAACCUGACGCUGAUUGAAAACUUGACCGAGAUCACCACUGAUGUGGAGAGGAUUCAGGAGACAAGAUAUCGAAGUAAACUGAAGCUGAUCCGCGCGAAGGAAGAAGACAGUGGCCACUACACAGUUGUAGUUCAAAAUGGCGAUGAAGUCAAGAGAUACACUUUCGAACUAUUAACACAAGUUCCCUCCUCCAUUGUGGACUUGUUUGAUGACCAUCACGGCUCGUCCGGGGGACAGACUGUCAUGUGCAUGGCGGGAGGAACCCCGCUCCCUGACAUUGAGUGGAUGAUUUGCAAGGAUAUUAAAAAAUGUAAUAAUGAAACUUCAUGGACAGUUUUGGCCAACAAUGUCUCAGACAUCAUCACCGAGAUCCACAUGCGAGGCAGGAGUACUGUAGAGGGCCGACUGACCUUCACCAAAGUGGAGGAGACCAUUGCGGUUCGAUGCCAGGCUAAGAAUCCCCUUGGGAUUGAGAACCGGGAAUUGAAGCUGGUGGCUCCUACUCUGCGUUCAGAACUCACAGUGGCAGCUGCAGUCCUGGUGCUGUUGGUGAUUGUCAUCAUCUCACUUAUUGUCCUGGUCGUCAUUUGGAAACAGAAACCAAGGUAUGAAAUUCGUUGGCGGGUCAUUGAAUCAAUCAGCCCUGAUGGACAUGAAUAUAUUUAUGUGGACCCCAUGCAGCUGCCUUAUGACUCAAGAUGGGAGUUUCCAAGAGAUGGGCUAGUGCUUGGUCGUAUCCUGGGAUCUGGUGCGUUUGGGAAGGUGGUGGAAGGUACUGCCUAUGGCUUAAGUCGCUCUCAGCCUGUGAUGAAGGUGGCGGUGAAGAUGCUAAAACCCACUGCCAGAUCCAGUGAAAAACAAGCUCUCAUGUCGGAACUGAAGAUAAUGACACAUCUGGGGCCACAUUUGAACAUCGUAAACUUGCUGGGAGCCUGCACCAAAUCAGGACCGAUUUACAUAAUCACUGAGUACUGCUUCUAUGGGGAUCUGGUCAACUAUUUGCAUAAGAAUAGAGACAACUUCCUGAGUUGCCACCCAGAGAAGUCAAAGAAAGAGCUGGACAUCUUUGGAUUGAACCCCGCUGAUGAAAGCACACGAAGUUACGUUAUUUUAUCUUUUGAAAACAAUGGUGACUACAUGGAUAUGAAGCAAGCUGACACCACACAGUAUGUCCCCAUGCUGGAAAGGAAAGAAGUCUCUAAAUACUCCGACAUCCAGAGAUCCUUGUACGAUCGCCCAGCCUCAUAUAAGAAGAAGUCUAUGUUAGAAUCAGAAGUAAAAAAUCUCCUUUCGGAUGAUAACUCAGAAGGCCUGACCUUGUUGGAUUUGUUGAGUUUCACCUAUCAAGUUGCCCGAGGAAUGGAGUUUCUGGCUUCAAAAAAUUGUGUCCAUCGGGACCUGGCUGCUCGCAACGUCCUUCUGGCUCAAGGGAAAAUUGUGAAGAUCUGUGACUUCGGCCUGGCCAGGGAUAUCAUGCACGAUUCGAACUACGUGUCAAAAGGCAGCACCUUCCUCCCGGUGAAGUGGAUGGCCCCCGAGAGCAUCUUCGACAACCUCUACACCACCCUGAGUGACGUCUGGUCUUACGGCAUUCUGCUCUGGGAAAUCUUCUCCCUCGGCGGCACACCCUACCCUGGCAUGAUGGUAGAUUCGACUUUUUACAAUAAGAUCAAGAGUGGCUACCGGAUGGCCAAGCCUGACCACGCCACUAGUGAAGUUUACGAGAUCAUGGUGAAGUGCUGGAACAGCGAGCCGGAGAAGAGACCCUCCUUCUACCACCUGAGUGAGAUUGUGGAGAAUCUGCUGCCUGGACAAUAUAAAAAGAGCUAUGAGAAGAUUCACCUGGACUUCCUGAAGAGUGACCAUCCCGCUGUGGCACGCAUGCGGGUGGACUCUGACAACUCGUACAUUGGCGUCACCUACAAGAACGAGGAAGACAAGCUGAAGGACUGGGAGGGUGGCCUUGAUGAGCAGAGACUGAGCGCAGACAGUGGCUACAUCAUCCCUCUGCCCGACAUCGACCCUGUUCCUGAGGAGGAAGACCUGGGCAAGAGGAACAGACACAGCUCACAGACGUCUGAAGAGAGUGCCAUUGAGACAGGGUCCAGCAGCUCUACCUUCAUCAAGAGAGAGGACGAGACCAUCGAGGACAUCGACAUGAUGGACGACAUUGGCAUUGAUUCCUCAGACCUGGUGGAGGACAGCUUCCUGUAA